GACCUAAUGAUAGCGGUGGGCAGUCACGGUCAUUAUAUAUAAAGCAAUUCCAGUAAAUAGGUGCAGUGUUACAAUGUAUCUCAUAACUAGUGUGGUUUUGGCUGCGGGGGUACUGGCGUGGAGUAAUGGCGCGCCAAACGAUCCCUGCUUCAACUACGAGAGUUCGCCGAAGCCAACAGCCAAAGGUGACAAGAAAGACAAUACCCUGAACAUUAUGGACGCUGUAGCGAUGCACCGCCCGCAAUCCGCUUCGACCCGUCAAGACGAAGAAUUGAUUCAGAAGAGCACCAGAGCGCUGGCAGCUGCUACAGACCCCCUGGAGAAGCUGCGACUGCUAUGCUUGUCGCGCGGGGCCGUCGGGAUCUUGGGGCUUGGAAGAGUAUUCCGUAGAAUGGACGAUGAUGGCAGCAAGCAACUCAACAAAGAAGAGUUUAUCAAUGGCAUCAAAGAAACUGGCCUCGAACUUAGCAAAUCAGAUGCAGAAGAUUUGUUCAACCGAUUUGAUACGGAUAAGAGCGGUUCCAUCAGCCUCGAUGAGUUCCUUGUCCACAUUCGGCCUCCAAUGUCGGAAUCGCGUCGCGCCAUAGUGGAGCAAGCGUUCAAGAAACUCGAUAAAACCGGCGAUGGAGUGAUUACUAUUGAAGAUAUACGUAACGUGUAUGCUGUUAAGUCGAAUCCGAGGUACAUGAGUGGCGAGGAGACCGCAGACCAGGUGCUGAAUAAGUUCCUCGCUAAUUUCGAAACGGAGGGCUCCGUCGAUGGAAAGGUGACCCUCGAGGAAUUUAUGAACUAUUACAGCGGCAUCAGUGUUUCCAUCGACAACGAUUGCUAUUUCGACCUGAUGAUGCGUCAAGCUUACAAGCUGUAAGCGCUGACAUAUAUCCGUCCUUCUCUCUCACUUUAAAUAUCCCUAACACGUUUCAUGUAAAAGAGAGACAUAUUAUGGCUUGUUUAGACUCGUACGCAAUUUGAAGGUGCAUAUUUGGUAUAAUUUUUUGUCUCAAUUCAAUAAAGAAAAUGGGUUUAAACAAGCGUUUGCACUGUUUAUAUAUUAUAUGUUAUUAUAUAAAAUAUUCAUAGAUUUAUUAAAUUAUAAUUGCGUGAUUAUUUUAAUAAAUGGUUAAAAUUUUGUG